AAAAUUCAAAUCGUAUAGCCACGUAGCUAACUACCUCGAGAACACUCCUACACUGAAGUUCAAACUUUGAAAAGAAACCCUCUCUCUUCUUCUCCUUCUUCUUCUUCCUCUCCCUCUUCACACAAACUCGCUCGCUCUCUGCAACUCCUCGUUGCUAAACACACACAUGACACAACCUGAUGAAACGAAAGAUUAGGAGAGUGCCAUUUUAUGAAAUAAAAUGUCUCUUCUUCCCCUUCAAAUAGCCUCAUUUCUCACCUUCCUUUUCCUUUCCGGUUCUCCACUAUCUUCUUCUCUCACUCCCGAUGGCCUUUCCCUCCUCGCUCUCAAAGCCGCCAUCGACUCCGAUCCGAAGCGUGCCCUCGACUCCUGGUCCGAAUCCGACCCAACUCCCUGCCAUUGGCACGGCAUUGUCUGCACCCGUAACCGCGUCACGGGGCUCUCCCUCCCCAACAAGGGAUUCUCCGGCUACAUCCCCUCAGAGCUCGGUUUACUCGACUCGCUCAAGCGACUCUGUCUCGCCCACAACAACUUCUCCAUGCCCAUUCCUUCCCAUCUCUUCAAUGCCACCGGACUUCUCUUUCUCGACCUCUCUCACAACUCUCUCUCGGGCCCUAUCCCGGCCCAAAUUCGUGCCCUUAAAACUCUGCGUCACUUGGACUUGUCAUCGAAUUUACUCAAUGGGUCUCUCCCUGAAAGUCUCAGCGAGCUCGAGAAUCUCUCCGGAACCCUAAACUUGUCCUAUAAUAGAUUUUCGAGCGGAGUCCCCGAGUCUUACGGACAGUUCCCGGUGAUAGUGAGCUUGGAUCUCCAACACAACAAUCUCACCGGGAAGAUUCCUCAGGUGGGAUCGCUGUUGAACCAGGGGCCCACGGCUUUCGCUGGGAAUCCUAGCUUAUGUGGGUUUCCGUUGCAGACUCCAUGCCCCGAAGCUCAAAACCCAAAUGUUUUCAGGAGCGCCGUGGAUCCUCAGAACCCAGAGAACACCAACCACAGCCCUAGUUUCCCAGAUGGCGGUGGAGAGAGGGGGAACGGAAAAGCAGGCUCAUCAGCCAUACGGAUUAUCUCCGGCGUUUCAGUGGUGGUGGGGGCCGUGUCGGUCUCGGUGUGGCUGUCUCGGAGGAAGUGGGGGAGGUCUGGCGAGGGCAAAACGGGGAAACAGAAAGAGGAGGAGGGUGAGGUCGUGGAGGAAGAAGGGCAAAAGGGUAAAUACGUGGUGGUGGACGAGGGGGGCAAGGGGUUUAACCUGGAAUUGGAGGAUUUGUUGAGGGCAUCGGCGUACGUGGUUGGAAAGAGCAGGAGUGGGAUAGUGUACAAGGUGGUGGCUGGAAGAGGGGGACCAGGUGCGGCGGCACCCACGGUUGUGGCCGUAAGGCGGCUGAGCGAAGGCGAUGCCACGUGGCGAUUCAAGGAGUUUGAAUCCGAGGUGGGGGCAAUCGGGAGGGUCCACCACCCCAACAUCGUGCAGUUGAGAGCUUAUUACUAUGCAGACGAUGAGAAACUGCUGGUUACCGAUUACAUCCGCAACGGAAGCUUGUACACCGCACUGCAUGGGGGUCCAUCUAAUUCUUUGCCAGCACUGUCGUGGGCAGCAAGGUUGAAAAUUGCUCAAGGAACGGCCAGGGGUUUAACAUACAUACACGAGUUCAGCCCGAGGAAACAUGUUCAUGGCAACAUAAAAUCAACGAAAAUCCUUCUUGAUGAUGACCUCCAGCCUUACAUUUCUGGUUUUGGGCUUGCUCGCCUUGUUUCGAACACUGCUAAGUUUACCAAUUCGGCAUCAAAAAAGCAGAACGCGAACCAAAUCGUAUUUACCCCUGCAAUAGAUUCAAACAUUUCAACUCCUCCCAACAUAUACAUGGCGCCCGAGGUUCGAGUUUCUGGGAGCAAGUUCUCUCAGAAAUGUGAUGUUUACUCAUUCGGUGUUGUGCUCUUGGAGAUGUUGACUGGUCGGCUGCCAGAUGCAGGACCAGAAAACAAUGGUAAGACCCUGGAGAGUUUUGUAAGGAAAGCAUUUCGUGAGGAACGCCCCCUGUCCGAGAUUAUAGAUCCAGCACUUCUGCCCGAGGUUUAUGCAAAGAAGCAAGUUGUUGCUGCAUUUCAUAUUGCACUCAACUGCACUGAACUCGAUCCAGAGGUGCGACCUAGGAUGGGAAUGGUGUCGGAGAGUCUGGAUCGCAUCAAACCGCAAUGAAAACAAUUAAAGAACCCCCUUAAGAGUUCCGGUUCUUGCUGCUGGAUGGUUAAAAAUCCUUGGUUGGAGGGCUAUCUGCCUAUCCUUAUGUAUGUAUGUUUUCUUAGAUAUGUUAUUGUUAGCCGUGACAUUGUGUUGAAUUUUGUCUGGUGGAGGGUGUGAAAGUCUGUGAAUUGUAAGCCCUGUGGAUUCCUAGCAAUGAAAGGAUAUCAUUCCAACCGGUGUAA